AUGAGGUUAAACUCGGACAAGUGUACUUUUGGUGUAGAGGAAGGUCAAUUCCUUGGGUAUCAGAUAUCCAAGGAAGGGAUUCUGCCCAAUCCCAUCAAAAUCCAAGAGUUCCUCGAGUUGAUAACUCCCCACAACCUCAAGGGUGUGCAAGAGAUCAAUGGUCGGCUAACGGCAUUGGGAAGAUUCAUUUCCAAAUCAGCAGAAAAAGCGCUUCCUCUGUACCAAACCCUCAAAGGGUGCUUAGAUAAAAAGCAGUUCAAAUGGACAGAAAGAGCAGACGAAGCAUUACAACGAUUGAAAGAUUCCUUAGACCAACUACCGGCCCUCGCUUUCCCGCUAUCAGGAGAGACACUACAGAUGUAUUUAGCAACUUCGGAAGAAGCUAUCUCCUUCGUGUUGGCGGUGGAGAGGGUGGCAAACAGAUCCCCAUCAACUUUGUGA